UCGCACUCCGAACCAAAUAUGGUUCCCGACCCUAAGCGGCAGAUUGGCUGGCGACAGAUCCCGGCAUGACGGGAGCAUUAGCUUGUUGUGUCCAUUUGAACGCAGUCGGUCAUUUGCAAGGUCAAUACAGUCUUUUGCUAUCGUCUCCCGUCCUAAAAGGUUGCCUUUUCGAGGGUUUCAGGCUAACUGGAGGAAGCCGGCUGCUCAAUAAGGUAAGGUGCUUCCGAACGGCUACUAAAGGAGGAAGGCAGAGAGGGAGGGCGAUGGAGGAGAGGCAGCGAACGCUUAGGGCGGCGGCGGAGAGGUUUGUGGAGACUAAAAUGGCUGGCCGCGACGCUUCACACGAUGCGGCCCACGCUUUCAGAGUUCGCGACCUCGCACUCUCGCUCGCCAUGGAGGAGGGAUUGGAAAGUCAUUGUUUGGAAAUAGUGGAGCUUGCCGCUCUCCUCCAUGAUAUAGGAGAUUACAAGUAUAACAAGGACUUUGUUGAGGACACGAUGAUAGUGGAGAAUUUCCUUGAAGAGGAGGGAGUGGAAGAGAGCAGAAGGAAGAAGAUACUGGACAUCAUAAAAAGAAUGGGCUUCAAAAAUGAAUUACAAAAAACCUGCGUAGAUUCUUCACUUGAAUUUGGUGUUGUGCAAGAUGCUGAUCGUUUGGAUGCUAUAGGUGCCAUUGGAAUUGCUCGAUGCUUUACUUAUGGCGGAAGCACUAAUCAGAUAUUACAUGAUCCUGAGAUAUCCCCUCGGCAGAAUUUAUCAAAGGAAAAAUAUAUGAACAGAGCUGAGAAGUCGACAUCAAUCAAUCAUUUUCAUGAGAAGCUUUUUAAAUUGAAGAAUAUUAUGAAGACUGAGGCUGGGAGGAGGAGAGCUGAGAAGAGGCAUAAAUUCAUGGAGACUUUUAUAGAGGAAUUCUAUGAAGAAUGGAGUGGAAGAGCUUGAGUUUUUCUUCUGACCUUUAUGAUGCAUGCGAGGCAUUGAGCUCUUCUAACGCACCCAUGAUUGAGGGCUUCCUCGAGGCCUAAAGAUGUGAACUUGGCUCACAGCGAUAACUUAAAGAAGAUGCCUCUCAAAUGACCUCAGUUUGGCUUUAUUAGAAGCGGCGGCAAGUUUUUCUCCUUAUUUCCUGGCUUAUUUGAAUAGAUGUUUUACCCGCAUAAUUGUACUUAUUUAAAAAUAUAAUUCCUUUCAACUAAUAAUUUGUGUUAAACCAUAAACGUUAUAUAGAUUAUUCCUUUCCUACUACAUGUUUCUAG